GGAUAGGCGGAGUAUAUGGGAAAUACUGUUUGUUGUCAGAGUUGUUUAUGUAUUUCAGGGAUAGGUAAGGUACAUGGGAAGUACUGUAUGAUUAUAGCCAAUGAUGGCACAGUUAAAGGUGGUACUGUAUAUCCCGUGACACUGAAGAAACAGUUGCGACUUCAGGAGAUAGCCCAGCAGAACAGAAUACCAUGUAUUUAUGCUGUAGAUUCAGGAGGAGCCUUUCUGCCACUCCAAUCAGAAAUAUUCCUACCAGGGGGCAGGACAUUCUACAAUGAAGCUGUCAUGGGAUCAAUGGGUAUACCACAGAUAGCUGUUGUAUGUGGUAACUGCACCGCUGGUGGAGCUUAUGUUCCAACUAUGGCUGACGAGGCUGUCAUUAUACACAGAAUAGGGACCAUCUACCUGGGUGGUCCUCCACUAGUACAGGCAGCCACAGGGGAGAUCAUCUCGGCAGAGGAUCUAGGUGGAGCCACUUUACACUGCAGUGUGAGUGGAUGCACCGACUAUUAUGCUGCAGAUGAAUAUGAAGGGUUUCAAACUGGUCGUGAUUUAAUCGAGACCUUGAACCUUCCAGACCAUCCUGGGCCUACUAGGAGUCCAGAGGAACCCUUAUUUGACCCUGAACACAUCCAGGGCCUUAUACCUGCUAAACAGCAAGAAACAAUGGAUGUCAGAAAGGUUUUGUCAAGAAUUGUAGAUGGAAGUAGAUUCAAUGAAUUCAAGGUGCAAUUUGGUACAACGAUUGUGGCAGGCUUUGCACACAUUCAAGGGAAUCUGGUUGGUGUCGUUGGAAACAACGGAGAGAUGACCGACACGGCAGCAGCAAAGGGAGCUCACUUUGUACAGAUGUGUUCAGAACGUCACAUUCCACUCGUGUUCUUACAUAAUACUGUCUCACAGUCUUCAUCUAAUACAUAUGGUUUAACAGGUGGUAAUUUUGUAAGGGAUCAUGCUAAGAUGAUGGCAGCUGUAAGCUGUGCCAAGGUUCCAAAGAUCUCCAUUGUGAUCGGAAACAGUAUAGGCCCAACCAAUUUCCUUAUGUGUGGUCGUUCUUGUAGUCCCAACUUCAUGUUUACCUGGCCUAAUGCUGUAAUAGGAAUGAUGGAAAAUACACAGCUUGUACAGACUAUAAUUCAGGAAAAGUUUCAGGGUAAUGAUGUGGAUGCAGCAGAGAAGGCAGAAAUGGAGAAGAAACUGUCACAGAAGUAUUCUCUAGAAACAUCUGCCUUCUACAUCAGUUCCAGAGUGCUAGAUGAUGGAAUUAUUCUCCCGCAGCAUACCAGACAGGUGAUUGGACGAUGUUUAGACAUUACAUCAGCGUAUGUUCCUAGGCAGCCUACCGACUAUCCUGUGAUACGAAUGUAAACUGUGAUAUACAUUGACUUCUGUAUGAUAUAUGAACAAUGACUGUAUGAUGAAGUGUUUUAUGUGCAAAUGUACUGAAUAUUAAAUAAAUGUGAUACUAGACUGGACAUAUAGAAUGGAGACAAACAAAUUUUUUUUAUGAAUUUUGAAAGAAGUUAAAAGAUUUCCUUGAAACUGUAACAUUAGUGUAAGGAAGCUGUUUCAUUAUUGUAAGGAAACUGUUAUAUUAUUGUAAGGAAAACCAUAACAUAAGUGUAAGGAAGCUGUAACAUAACAUAAGGUAGUUGUAACAUAUUAAGUGUAUGGCAGCUGUGAUAUAAGUGUAAGGAAGCUGUAACAUAAACAUAAGGCAGCUGUAACAUAUUAAGUGUAAGGAAGCUGUAACAUAAGUGUAAGGAAGCUGUAACAUAAGCAUAAGGCAGCUGUAAUGUAAAUGUAAGGAAGCUGUAACAUAAGCAUAAGGCAGCUGUUACAUUAGUAUAAGGAAACUUUUACAAAAGUGUAAGAAAGCUGUUACAUUAGAGUAAGGAAACUUUUACAUAAGUGUGUGGAUAAGGAUGCUGUUACAUUAGUGUAAGGAAGCUAUUACAUUAGUGUAAGGAAGCUGUUGCAUUAGUGUAAGGAAUCUGUAACAUUAGCAUAUGUCAAAGGUCAAGGUCACAGUCACCAGGAACAGUUGAACAGUUUCCGGAUUAUAACUCAAGAACGCUUGGGCCUAGGAUCAUGAAAAUUGAUAGAGAGGUUGGUCAUGACCAGUAGAUGACCCCUAUUGACUUUGAGGUCAGUAGGUCAAAGGUCAAGGUCACAAAGACCCGGAACAGUUAAACGGUUUCCAGAUGAUAACUCAAGAAUGCUUGGACCUAGGGUCAUGAAAGUUGAUAGGGAGGUUGGUCAUAACCAGCAGAUGACACCUAUUGAUUUUGAGAUAGUAGGUCGAAGGUCAAGGUCACAGUGACCCGGAACAGUUAAACCAUUUCCAGUUGAUAACUUGAGAACGCUUGGGCCUAGGAUCACGAAACUUGAUAGUGAGGUUGAUCAUGAUCAGCUAAUGAUCCCUAUUGAUUUUGAGGUCAGUAGGUCAAAGAUCAAGGUCACAGUGACCCAACAGUUAAACGGUUUCCGAAUCUCUAGGGUCUAGGAUCAUGAAAGUUGAUAGAGAAGUUUGUCAUGACCCGGAACAGUUAAACCAUUUCCUGAAGAUAAUUUGAGAAUGCUAGGAUCAUUGAACUUAAUAGAUAGGUUGAUCAUGACCAGCAGAUGAUCCUAUUAAUUUUGAGGUCAAUAGGUCAAAGGUCAAGGUCUUAUUGACCCAGAACAGUAGAACUUUUGUGUACAGUGACCAAAUAAUUUCUGUUCCUUGUACAAUUACUGAAUGCCUCAAGGGGGGCAUUUCGUGUUCUACGAGCUCUUGUUAAGUUUAUGAGCUGUAAACAAAGUGUGACCAUUCUGUUGACAUGACAACAUUAAAACAGUAUUGCAAGUUUCAUUUCACUUUCUAGCUGCAAUUUACUUAUCACUGAAAAUUGUUUCCAUCUUCAGUACCCCACUGCUGUACUGGAGCGGAUAUAGAAACAACAUUUUUCCUAUGUCCAUCCGUCAUGAAUUCAUCCAGUCCUAUUCCAUGUCCAUGCUCUAUCUCACAAAAUGUUCACAAUCUUUUAACAUUAAAGGAUAUUUAACCUUCCCCCCCUUCUUAAACUAAGUGAUUAAUAGAUAUAAAACUGGGUACAAAUGAUCACUUUGGUUGGACCUCAUGUAGUAUACCACCAGUUUGAUAUGAAGAUCAUUGUCUCAAAGUUAUUUUUUGUCGAAUAGGCUAAUACUCUUUUUCAAUCAAAGGUCUCAU